UCCAGAUUGGGUUGUGGACCUUGCCCCAGGAAGUACAGGAGCACCAUUACCCCGUGUGUACUUCAGAUGAAAGUUGUUCUGUACUUGUACAGACCGACGUACAGCCAAGCAGCUGGCCUUCAGCGCUCCAUAUGUCUAACUAGUGGAGUGUGUCCCAAUUUUACCCGAGCAUACGGCCGCAGUUCUGCUUGAAUAACGUGUUUGAGGAUUUAAUACUUGUGUGGAUUUGGUCCUAAUGCUGACGGCAAGCGGUGGAAAUAAGAUUCCCAUUCCUAGAUGCAAACACAUGUCGACUCUCACCGACCAGACUGCUAAUCAGGAGGCAGUUUUUCAAGAGUCAGGUGUAAUAAACCAGCCGGACUUCGCCCAUGUCUUCUGAAGAGCGAGCUCCACUCGUGAUGUACAAGGAAUUAUCUCUAGACACAUCAAUGGAGUGAAGAACAUACUCUUUAACAGGUUGAGCGGUAAUGAAGUAGAGAAGGAGGAAAUGGAAGUUAAAAGCAUUUUGAAGAGGUCUCAGUCACUCAAGAGUGUUUCUACUGAUCAUGGCCGGACCUGGACUGAAGCCGGACUCAGAGACAAACGCAAGUCUGUCUCUCAGCUUGUGGCACAGUACCAAAACUCUCCUGGCAGUAAAACAAAGACUGUUGAUUCAGGUCACAUAAAGCAUCGGCUGACCCUAACGGUCACACCGAUCACCCUCAAUGAUGCUGAUGGCAAAUUCAAGAGUCCAGUGAGACAACCAGACAUAAGCGAGAUAUCCAGAACCUCUCCUCUCUCCCGCAGUAAGUCAAUGGAAAACCUCCCUCAACGCAGGCCUGUGGGCACCACGGCACUUAGAGAGCUGUUUGAGGCCAAAGUCUCCAUCCAGUCUCGGUCCAGGACCAACAACAUGGCCCAUGAACCAGUGGCCACUGCGAAAGCAAAAGCAGUUCCUAAUGACAACAACACAAUAUCACAAGCAGAAGCAGAGGUUAAUAAUAGUCACGAUAAACAAGAUGAGAAGACUGAAGUGUAUCAAUUGACUUCAAAGGAUGCAAGAAGAAACCCAAUAACAUCCCGAUCUGAGAGAAGAAAGACGAUUUCUGGCAUUGACACUGAGAAAAGAUCCUUUCCAGAAGAGGAUAAAAGAAGGUCGGUUGCAGACUUCAGAGACAGCUCGGCUCUACACGGACGAGAGAUAACCUCUAUUUCUGUCAAAACGUUGUCUGCCCUAUAUCUGUCAAGAGUGGCAGCUGCAGAGCCUGCGGGAAACCUUUUCAAACCAAUGGCUGAAGGUGCACAGAAUAUCUCUAUACAACAUCUCAUUGAAUAUGAAAAAGAAAAUGUAUCUGAAUCAAUCCCCCCUUCAAAUCAUCUGGAAGUCAACAUUGAGGAAUGCGAGCGGCCCUUCACUUCACCACCCCCCACAAGAGAAACUAUGUACAAUUUGCACCAACGGCGACAGAAGUGCGAGCUUAAACGACUGCUUAAACACACAUGUCCAGAGUUGAAAAACGUAGACAGUUUGGUAGAUGAGGAGCUGGCUGAUAUUCUUAACACUGACCCAGAUAAAGACACUGGAUACCAGUCUAGUGAUGUCCAGUCCAGGCGUUGGUUAUUUGAGAACCAAGCAAUAAGAGAUCUGCAAGAUGUUAGGAGCACAUCUGGUUUGUCUGAAGAACCCUUGUGUAGAUCCCCCUAUGAUGAGAGCAAACUGCAAUGUGUCUUUCAGACCAAAACUCAACUUAAUGAGGCAGAGGAAGUGUCAUCAGAGGAGAGCAUCAAGGUGGAUGUCAAAGCCACACGCAAAAUGUUUGAAAUUCAAUCAGCAGAUUUGUCAAAAGAAAGACAUCUUCCCUGUCCAAAAAGAAAUUUGGUCUAUGAGGAUCAGCGUAUAUCAGAACAGAAACCAGAGACUGAUUCUUGUGAUUUUACUGAUGGAACAAAGACAUCAAACAUCCACCAUAACAAUCCCACAAGUGUCACAGAUACAAAUGAGGUUUUUGUAGGUGUAUCCAGAGCCAAACAAGUCUUUGAAAACAGGUCACAUGACCAGGAGAACAUGUCAACAUCAUUUGACAGUCUUAGCAAAGAGGAAGAAAUGCUGAAGGCCAAUGUAAAGAAUCGAGCCCAGAUGUUUGAAUCUACUCCUCUUGAUAAGAUCAAUCAACAAACCAAAGAAGAAUCAGAGACUAUGCUGGAGAGCUUGCAAGAUACUUUGAUUUCUUUAUGGAACUUCAACAUCAUUCAAACCGACGGAUCCAUCCUUGAAGCUAAUGAAACAGGGCAUGUCAGAAAAGCCAGAUAUAGUUUUACAAAAGAUUCAAAACCAGAGGUUCAUGAUGAGGAGAUACUGACUUCAAGUAUGAAGAGCAUCAUGCUUCAGGGGCUACCAGGAACAGACCUGAACCCCAUUGUCACCUUCCUUAAAGAAGACAGUCAGGGCAACGUGGAGAUCCAUAAGGUAGAUGUUCCAACUCACUUACUCCCAUUCAAUGUACUUCAAGAUAAAGACUGCAGAAUUGCAAACGUGGUGCAGAUUACAGAAGAUCUACUUGGUCGAGAGAAGUCCCUGAGUAAAGGAGUUUUAAUACAAGACCAUGGCACAGAAACGAGAGAGAUAACAGUUUAUGCUCUCUUUAGCCACAGUGAAGAGAGCACGCGGAUGAUGGAGGAUUGCAAGUCUGUUUCUUCGAAUCAAAUAAAAAUUCUGGAGCCCGAAAAUAAGGAUGUGAAGAUAGACAUCAGUUGCCCAACAGGGGCUGUGAGGGCCAAUUCUUCAGCAACGGACCUUGAACAAAGCAGAACCAUUAAUGUACAGUUAGUGCGAAGCUGCAUUGAGAAGGGAGACCUUGAUCAUUUGAAACAUCUUCAAAAAACACCAUCAGAUGAAGAUGUAAGUGGUCCUUCUGAGGAAAUAGAGAAAACAAGUGAGAUUAUUUCAGGUAAUGUUAAAAACAUCAAAGUCCUUUUUAGUAAAAAUGAGAAUGAUACAAGCUUGAUUUUAGAGUCUGCCAAAAGCAAAGAAUUGAAGGUGUCAUCGACAGAAAGUGUGAAAACUACUAAGACUGAAGAACUAAUACAGACACAACAUGAAAAACACUCUGUAAUGGGUAGAAAAGGAGAAAUAUUUCAAGAUCAAAAUAUCACAGAUGAUGGAGCUGUUCUUCAAGCAGAGCUGGUUGAUGUUGUUGAAGAUGAUGAAUUGCUUAAUCUACAGACGGCCAUCAGGAAUCUUCAUCACGCCACGAUGGAAGCUAAGGCUCUUCAACUGAGUGUCCAGGAUAAACUUCACCCUGAAACCAACCAAAUCCAACAUGUCACUGACCCUGGAUCAGCGUGCCAUGAGUUAAAAGAGUUCAAGGAAGACAGUAACACAACAGAGGAUAAAGAGCCCUUACAGACCUACAAAAGAGAGCAAGAAGAGGGAAGUGAUGAUGGUAUGAGAGGUAGCAUACAAGCAGCUCUUGAAUCUUUAGGAAAGUCCAACUUUAAUGUCACGAAGGGUGAUUUUCGAGCUGCAAUGAUUUAUAGGAAUUCAAUCAAGGCGUAUGCAGGACACACAAAGGUAAAAUAUGAUCAGUUAAGUGAUAGGACUGCUGAAGAAACCAAGAAGUCUUCUUCUGGGCUUCAAACUGAACAGCAGGUUCUAAAUAGACCACAUGAAGGAGUUGACACAGCUUCUUGUCAAAUGCCAUCUGAAAACAAAACACUUGUAAAACAAAUGCAUGUUUCCACAAACGCCCCUCCUAAGAAACGUAAAACUCCAAUUGGUCCCAAACCAGCAAUCCCACCUAAACCAGAUCAUUUAAAAAUGACGCCCAACCCAACUGACUGUGAUACCAAAGUAGACCACAAAGGACAAGUCAAAACUAUUUUGUCAAAUCAACCAAAUGAGGAGAUUAAACAUCCCUCAACUUGUCCCAAAUCAUGCCAAGACCCAAUGUCUUAUAAAGACGUCCUUUGCAAGAAUUUACAGGUAAGUGGUAACACAUAUGAUACUUCAGUGAACAUCAAGAUCACUGAUGGUCCCAUGCAAGCUGUUGAAGAGUCUCCAAAGAGCUCUGCAGAAAAGUCUACAGGGUUUCAUGCUACGCUUCAAAACUUUGGAGCGAAGGCCGGUGGAUCAGUAGCACCUGUGAAACCUAAAAGAAUCAAAAUGGCUAACGAUCAAGAGAAGAACUCCACAGAGAACAUGAAAAACAAUAUUGAAAUUCAGCGGGUCGACAUCACACCCCAGUGUAACGGUUCUCCUCAUGACAGCACCUCCUCGUGUGAGGCCUAUAAGAGGGAGAAAAAUGAUAAAUGUGAUGAUGAACAAAAGAGUGAAGUGGUCAGAAGAAAAAAGAAAACGAGACGAGAAACUGAAGACGAAAGGAGGCAGAGGCUUUCGGUGCACAUGGACGAGAUAAUGAAGGGCAACAUCACGGUUGUCAUUGACAUCUUCGACAAGCUGAAGAAACAAGAGGAGCUGAAAACCAUACUUUCCAAAGUCAAGGAAAUCGAAGACGACACCAACGAAGUCAACGUGAGCUCUUUUAUAAACAUCUUUGAGAACGUGCCGGAUUGGGUUGUGCCACAGGACGAGACAAGUGGUUCUAAAAUGGUCACGCCGGAACGUAGAGUUGGUGAUUCAGUUUCACCUGUGGAACCGGAGAUGAUGUCCUCCAUGCAGGCGGCUUUUGGGGAUCUAGAGAAAGCGGGUGCUGAGAUAAUCCAUUUGAAAGAGCAAACACUUGCGAGACUCAUGGAUAUAGAAGAGGCUAUUAAAAAGGCUCUUUACUCUGUAUCGACUCUAAAAUCGGAUUCUGACAUAGUAGGGCUCUCUGGUCUCUUCAGGGAGUCGAUGGUGGCGGUGCAAGGCUCACCUAACUCAGGUAACAUACGGAAAAUCAGCAUCGGGUCAAGCAAAUCAACAAAGGCCCAGAAUGGACAGGCAACAAUACCAGUCUCAAAGCCAGAGUGUUUAAUUCCAACGACCAAACAGAGAUCAGUAUCCCCAGCAUCUCCUUCAUUCAUUUCCAUUCAGUCUGCAGCCAGGAAACCUGAAGAGUCUGAGAUCAGUCCUGAGAAAGCCAAAGAGGUCAAACACCAGUGUUGCUGUACUGCACCUUCAGAUCGGAAGCAGUGUGCCAAUCCAAGACGUCAAAUCAGUGUGUUAGAAGUUCAGACAGCACCCGAUGAGAGAGUCAUUGGCACGAAAACUAUCAGUGAGAACUACGAGAAGACGGACUGUUUCGGAAACAAGUUCUACUCUUCUUCAACCUCUACAGUUGUCACGACUCAACCUGAAACAAGGACCACUUCAAAGAAGUUUAUCACGACAAGUCCUGCAACAACAGAAAUUCUCACAUACCCUAGAAUCAACACACCUUUAGUAAGACAAGACAGGCCUCCGAUGUAACCACUGGUGCAUGUGGGAAAUUGAUUUCAGAUUAAGGAGGGAAAAUUGUUGACCACAUACACUGUAUAAGAGAUCUAUGUAUUUGCAUUUAAAGGGAAUACAUGUUUGUACUUCUUUUGCUUGUGGUUUUAUUUUAUAUAAUUUCAAUCCGUAUGAUGUUUGUGAUUGAAUGUUUUUUUUAAUGAAUAUUUAUGAAAGCCUUGCAGUCCAAUAAACCUUGCUAUGAUUUGUCAUAUUAUUUUAUGUUGCAUGUGGAAUUUAUGUCAGAUUUUCAAUAAAAAUAGUACUGGAAACGAUGUGUGACCCAUUUCAAAUCGAAACCAAAUGUAAAACCAGAAUUUAAAAAGUGAAAGGGAAGAAAAUAUUUCAUAAGAGAACAUAGCUAGACUCAUUCAUCAUUGCAAAAAGUGCAUCAAACUUUGUGUCUUACUAAAGAUAAUAUUAACCAGAUGCCUAACUGCUAUUACAAUAAAUGGGAAG